AUGCGGGUCAUCCUCUUGCUCAUCGUAGCUCCCGUUGUCCUCGGCCGAGUGGGCAUUGGACACAGCGGACUCGACAACGACCCACAAGCGCCCUUGUUGAUCAAAAGCACUGAAGACCUGGAAUGGGAUGUAGCACCAGAUGUAGAUGCUACCGGGCAUCAUCUCUUCAAUGCGGUGAAUUCCUUAUUGCAGCUUUGGCCAAAUACAGUCGUGCGCCCAGGACAUACAAUCGCGUCAUGUAUCAUACCACCCGGAACUCUGCUCUACCAUGGCAAAGUUGGCUCAGAAACCCCAACAUAUCCUGACUGGCUCGCCUUCGACUCUGAACAUGGCUACCUCUUCGCGCGUUGGCGCGGCGGGCACAUCCUCACUUUCUCGACAACUCGCAAACUCCGAAUGCUGUAUUUCGACGGCUCCAGCGGCGCGAAGAUAGAAGAUGGAUCGAGCGAUACUCAGGAACUCCUGAUGUUUGGAGACGUGAAAGGUCGCCGUAAAGAAGACCCGUGGGAGGACGAGGACGAGCGCAUUGAGACACUGUGCAAAUGGGCGAGGCAGCGGAGUCUGGACGGAUUUGUACGGAUGGAGAUUGACUUUGAGGUCAUGUAUUGCGACAUGACCAAUGGGCUCAAGCUCAUAUCUGCGAUCGAAGCCAUGCCCUACGUGCCCUACAACGACUCGUCCAUCUCAGCUACCAUCAGUUCGCCGAACCGCGGCCCGGGUAGUCCAGGCUGGGGCGAACGUGCCGACCGUCCGUCCAGCUGGCGCGGUUCCCUACCGACCGAAACCGGCAACGACAUUCGCGUCGCAGCCAAUGGACACGCCCACGCACCAGGAGAGACUCGCGUACAUAUCCUGUACGACAAGAUCAUCACGUUCUACGAUCCCGCUGUCACAAGCUUGCUCGAGUUGCGCCGUGGGAAGCCCCGGGAGGGGCACCGGGUGAAGGGGAUAUCGAAAGCGGACGCAGACGCGAAGCUACGGGAGCUGGAUGGAGUGCUCAGCGAUUGGGAUCGGAAAGGGAGCGGGACAGACUGGAAAAGUCUCACACAUGUCGUCUUCGAGCGGUAUGCUCAACGGCUAGAGACACUCGCGUAUACACUCGACAACGCGACUUAUCCCGACGUGCUGACGAGAGCGACGAGGGCUCGCGCUCAGGUGCUGGCUAUGCUCGCGCCGCACUUCGCAAUCACAAACACGCCACCACUUGACGCGGAUACUGCCGAUAACGCUUGGCUCGCGCCCGUUGUACAGCGCUGCGCCUCGACACAUACGGCGGGUGUGCCGACCGACCUGCUGACGCCGCAGGAAAGUCUCAUACUGAACUCGAUAGAGGAGGUUAUGGGAGAGAUUUGUCGCAGGUUAGGCAGGAUGCUCCAUGCCGCAUUCGACGUCGAGAGCACAGCCUGGGAGGAGGAACGAGUGGAGAAUGUGGUGGGCAUUCUGCGGGAGGAGGUCGCGGCGUUGAUGGAGUGGUUAGACUGGACGUCAGCUUGGGUCAAAUGCAGACCAGGGUGCUCCGCAGAGGAAAUGUGUGUUCUUCCAACCUGGCCCUACGAGCUAGCAUAUGAGCGUCUAUCACCUUUGUGUACUCCACGUUUCCGCUACAUAUUCCGGCAUCGUUGCCCGUGGGAGUUUGCUAUGCCUGACCGAGGACUACUGUCCUCGUAUUUGUCUCCUUCCCUAUUCCCAACCGCCAUCUUCGCCUUAUUCCACUUACACUUUGCACCGAUGUCGACCUCGAUCAACGGCACAGAUCCCAGCUCUCCCAGCGACACCUUGACAGAGCACCAGGAGCGAUCGACGACCCUUGGCGAUUCAUCAUUCGCACGAUACGAGCGCUCAGGCCAACUCGCGGAUCUGGAACAAGCCAUCGCAGCCUAUCGCCGUGCGGUCGACCUUACGUCGGAUGACCACAUACACAAGGCGGACAGGUCUACUUCGCUUGCUCGGUUGCUAGUUGUCCGCUACGAGCGCGUGGGAGAGCUGGAAGAUCUAGAUGGUGCCAUCGCGCUAUACCGUUGCUCCGUCGAUCUUACAGCGCCUGGACACUCCUCCGUGGCGGAGCGGCUUUGCAGCCUCGGCGAUGCGCUACUUGCGCGCUUUGAGCGCACAGGUUCGCUUGACGACCUGAAUCAAGCUAUUGCGGAGCACCGCCGCUCGGUCGAGCUCUCUCCGGACGAUCAUCCCGACACGCCACAGCGGCAGACGAGCCUCGGACGCUCGUUGCGUGUACGCUUCCGGCUCAACGGGGGGCUCAACGACAUGGAAGAGUCCGUUGCCAUGCUCCGGCGCGCGGUCGAGCACACACCCAACGAUCAACUGAAGAAGGCAGGUCGGUACAGCAGCCUCGGCGAAGCGCUGCUCGCACGCUUCGCGCAUAAAGGAGAGCUUGAAGAUCUCGACGGGGCCAUUGCAGCGCAUAAAAGCGCGACGGACCUAACUCCGGACACCUCGCCUUCGAAGGCGGAGACUCUGGGUGCCCUCGGCAACGCGAUGCUCACGCGGUACGAGAGGCUUGGAGAAGCCGAUGAUCUGGAGCAGGCCGUUGAAAUUCAUCGGCGUGCAGUCGAUCUUACACCCAAUACGCACUAUGUGAUGUCCGCGAGGCUUCGCGACUUCGGGAUCACCCAGAAGCAAGCCUUUGGACGUCUGUCCUCGCAGGCUAACUUCGACGAGGCCGCUAAAGCGCUAAAGGACUCCAUGACACAUGCACCUUCCCGCCCUCAAGAACGACUACAGUCCGCACAACAGCUCAUUGAGCUACUUUCCGCCAACCCCGAGUUCAGCUCUGCCGAAUCGAUCUUGGCGGCACACGGACAUAUCAUCGCGAUGAUACCCGAGUUUGUCUGGCUCGGCCACGAUCUACAUCGGCGCUCUCAAGAGUCUGCGAGAUGCGGCGCGCUCGUUAGCGCGGCCGUAUAUGCUUCUAUCGCUGCUGGAGCACUGGACAAAGCUGUAGAAUGGCUCGACGCGGGCAGGACGGUCAUUCUCUCGCAGGCGCUGGCUCUACGCGCGCCACUGGAUGAGCUGCAGUCUGUUCACCCUGAGCUGGCUAGCUCUUUACACGAUAUCCAGGUCCAACUACAACAGUCCGCACACGACUCUUCGUCCCCUGGGGAUCUUCGUAUGUUGGCUAUCCAAUACGAACGCCUCAUAGAGAUCGUCAAUGAGUGUCCGGGCUUCGAAAAGUUCAUGCGCCCGAAGUCAUUCGACAUGAUUCUUCCGUCACUCAACCUCCUGAACGGGUCUGUUGUGUUCAUCGUCGUAGACGAGGCGCACUGCGAUGCUCUCAUUCUUUCGUCGGAUGGGGCCAUACAGCAUGUGGCACUUACUGAGCUUUCGCUCAAGGGCGCUCACGAGUUGUGCACGCAUUGGGUCGCAAAUCUGAGCGCCCAGGGUGGGCUACGUGAAUCCGAACUCGAUGAAUCUCGCGAUGAUCUGAGGUCAACACAAGCUGUCAUGGAGGAUGUGUGGAAGUGGAUCGUGAAGCCCGUCUUGCAAGCGUUGGAUCUACUGAACCCGAGCCAUCCGGGCGAGCGAUUACCUCACAUCACUUGGUGUCCAACCGGACUACUCGCACAGCUACCUCUGCAUGCCGCGGGUAUGUAUAGCGCCCCAGACGGUCCGCGUGUAUCCAACUAUGUUGUAUCUUCAUACACCCCGUCUUUGGCCUUGCUCUUGCAUUGUCAUGAGGGUCUCCCUAAGCACCAACCUAUACCGAAGAGUACGCUGAUCGUAGCGCAAUCGAGUGUACCUGGCGCUCCUCCGCUUUCAGACAGCCCGGCGGAAAGCCGCCAAGUUAUGCAGACCCUAUCCGACGCGGAAAUCGAAUGCCACCUACUGGACCACGAGAAUGCGACCGUCGCAUCUGUCCAAACUGGCCUCGCGCAGUACCCUUGGGUACAUCUGGCCUGCAAUACAUCCCGAGACGAGGCCGACGCGACACGGAACGCGUUCACGCUCUACGACGGCCCGCUGUCCUUCGCAGAUCUUCUAGCCACGACGGCCGAAGACGCAGAACUCGCGUUCCUUUCCGCGAACCAGACGGCUGUAAGCGACGAGACGUGUCCAGAGGAGUCUUUGCAUUUGGCAGCGGGCAUGCUCGUCGCCGGGUUCAAAGGCGUAGUGGCGACAAUGUGGUCGAUCGAAGACCGAGAGCCGCCAGUCGUUGUUGACGCGUACUACAAGGAGCUGCUGAGGUUACGCAGUUAUGAUACUCUGGAAAGAGAGACUGGCGCUGCGUAUGCGCUACACGAGGCUACGAAACUUCUUCGAGAGCGCGUUGGCGGAGACAACGUCAUGAAGUGGGCCACAUUCGUGCAUUUUGGUGCUUAG